GAGGAUGUCUGGGAACCGGAGAUCGUCGCUGAUUGUGGGAUGAAUCCACUUUGGUUUUGACCUCAACGUUAGCAUCAACCCUUACAAUCACCAAAACUUUUUUCGUCGAGAAAUCUCAAAGAUGUUGCCCACGCCCGUGAAGGCGGCUCGUUUUCUCAAGCGUCUCGUAAGAUCACCUAGCUUGAGAUAUCUAGUCAGAAAGCCUUUGAUAUGGGUCAUUGUAUUCUUCUAUGUCUGCUUAGCUGCAUUCAUCCUCGCGGUCACUCCAGUUCGCAUCACUCAAUUCAUGUAUGACAUCUCUCAAGACCUUCGAUCUCUUCCAUAUGGGUACAUGCUUCUUAUCGUUGCCAUGAUUAUCACAUCAUUCCCCCCUUUCAUCGGACAUGGCACACUCCUUCACAUGUUCGGUUUCACAUACGGCAUGUGGGGCUUCUUCCCUGCAGCGGUUGGAACAAUGGCAGCCUCCACUAUAGUUUUUGUUACCCUUCGGAUGAUGUUUGGCAAGAGGUUGCGUUUGCGGACUUCCACUAACCAGAAAUGGCAGGCUCUGGAAGCUGUCAUACGAUCAAGAGGCAUGCCCUUGAUCAUCCUCAUCCGCAUGUCUUCACUUGUGCCGUGGGCUUGGUCAAACUCGCUAUUCGCAAGCAUAGCGUCGGUAUCGUUUCUCCGGUUCUUCAUAGCGACUUUGUUUGUCUUCCCAAAGGUCUGGGUAAACGUAUUCAUCGGAUUUUGUCUUGCCAGACUCUCAGACAGCAAACAGAGAAAUCGAACAAAGUUUUUCAAUGGCUUUUUAAUUAUCAUUGGUAGUCUGUCAAGUGUUUUAGCCAGCUCGCUGAUCUAUUAUUCCAUCCGGAAGGAGAUCAAACGUUUACGUGAAAGCGCGGAGCGUGACGAAAUACCUGAAGAAGAAUUUGAGGCGACAGAGGAAAUGUCCUUAUCUUGCUCUGCAAUUUGACUUUCACUUCCUUGGUGAGCUCGUUGCAAUGGGCAGUCUUAUCUUGGUGGUGGGAUUUACAUGUAUAUUAUCCACCUGUACUCAUCGUUACUGCCAUGUUCUCGAUAGAUCGAUGCAGGUUGAUCCUGUUGACUUUUGCUAUAGCAG